AUGCUGAUUUGUAUCCAUGGUUAUAGAAGUAUCGAAGGAUACAUGAACGACACGUCCAUAUAUGAGAUCGUAAACGAGUUUCAGCAAUCGCUUAGGUCUCGCAUCGCAGCUUCCAGUGGAUAUGUUGGUCUUGCUACAUAUGCUGGUUAUGCACGCGGAAACGAGGGAGCUACAGCUUGGUAUUCGUCUGACAACUUGCCCCGGCUCACGAGUUUGAAACGGAUAUGGGAUCCAGAUCAUCUUUUUGGAUAUAACAAGCCGAUCCCGGUUUGA